UUUUUUUUUGAGACAGGGUUUUUCUCCUGUAGCCUUGGCUAUCCUGGAACUCACUUUAUAGACCAAGCUGACCUCAAACUCAGAAAUCCUCCUGCCUCUGCCUCCCAAGUGCUGGGAUCAAAGGUGUGUGCCACCACUGCCCAGCUGGGCCAAGAUUAUUGUACCCCUAUUACACAGCAGUGGCCCAGAAACCUGUUCUACAGGCUGUGAACAGCAUAGUAGAAAUUUGAACUCUGACCUCUCCUUUGGCCCUUGAAAUGUUGGGAUACCAUGUACACCAGUGUCUGCAGUGUUCUGCUUUUGUAGUGUUAGAUGGAAUCUGGAUCUUUAUAAAGAUUUGUGUUGUUUGAGAUGAUGUCUUACUGUAUAGCCCAGACUGGCCUCGAACUCAGUUUUUCCCACCUCUGGGACUAAAGGCAUGUGCCACCACAGCGGCCCAAUGAGGUUUUGUUGAUGUUGGGAGUGUUUCCAGUCAGCUGAUCAGAGCCAGGCUGGGCCCUGCAAGCCUGUGACUUAAGCACUUGCAAUGUAGAGGCAGAAGGGCCAUGAGUUUCAGUCCAGCCUGGGGUAUAUAAGGAGCCUAUCUCAAAACACCAAGGACUCUUGACAGAGCACAUCAUGUGCCCAGGGGGCCUGGGCUCAGAGUUCUGUUCCCCAGCAUUGAAAGGCUGGCUCUGCAAUUCAAGUACAUUUCUUUCCCUGAGUCUCAUCUAGCACAUGGGCUAAGACCACCAUAUCUAGGUGCCCAAAGAAACAAAAGGCUCACUAGAAGUGCUCACAACAGCUAAAGGACAGAGGAGAGAGGCAGGGAAAAGCCACAGGGUUGUAUGUCUGCUCUUUGCAUAGAGGCCUUGUUCUAGUAGCCCCUUGGCCAGGCGAAGUGGUUCUGGCUUGAGCCUGCUGUGCAUAGGCCAAGGUGUGUGUCAGCCUUGGCUGGAGCAUCUAUGACUCACACUGGGUAUGAGCCCAGCCUGGGGAGGUGGCCCAGAACAUUGGCUUCACUCCAUCUGCCCCCUCCUAGGGCUGUGGCUCACACUGCAUGACCUUUUAUUUUUUUCUACACAGGGUCUCCAUAUGCAGCCCAGGCUGGCCUGGAACUCACCAAAAUCCAUAAACUCUCGGUGCUUGACUGUUGCAGGCCAUAUGAAGCUUUGCACGUGUCUUUUCAUGCCCUCCAGGAGAUGUCUCCAGGACAUCUUGGAGGCUCAGCAGCUAUGUCAGGUGGUGACAGAACUCCCUCCAAACACAAGGCAAGAGGGGGGAAGGCUAGCUCUAUGCUCAGAGCCCUAAUUUUCCUUCCCUGUUGGACCAUCAGGACAGCUCAGAUCCUCUUGUCCUGUCAGGGGCCCCAGUUCCAAGCUCUAGAACCCUUUCCCCUAAAUGCUGCUGGGGAUUGGUCGGAACUCACCUGGAGUCAUAAAGACAUUUGGGUGCCCCGGUUCCCAAGGCUGGCUGUCAGGGCUGGUGGCUUCAGCUCUGGGGAUAGGUGAGUGGGCUGGUGGGGGUACCACACUCUGUCACCCAGCUCUUGCCAAGAAUGUCUGCAUUCUCUGGACUGCGAACCAGCCCAGAGCACUGCUGUGUACAUUUCUUGGAAUGAAGAACUGAAGACAGCCUCCCCGUACAGGCUGGCUUCCAAGAUUACAUCUUCUUCUGCUCCUUUGCCAACUCUAUGACCCUCCAAGACUUUUCUGCCUGGCUCAGGAAUGGCAGCAAUGCAGCCGGCAGCUCAGCUCCAGUUCCAGAACCUCAUGUCACCUAGCGGGCCAAGCCUCCCUCAGCCUACCCCCAUUCACCAAGAGAAAGUGGCCAAGCUAUGUCCUCAGCUCCAGCAUGACUUCUAUCCAUCCGAGGAGCUAGCAGUGUUACCAUCACAAGAAGUGCCUCGCCUGCGGGCAGUGGUGGAGAGCCAGGCCUUCAGGAACAUCCUGGUAGAUGAGAUGGACAUGAUGGUGUCACGGGCAGCCACUGUCAUCCAAGCCAGCUGGAAGGGCUACCGGCUGCGGCAGAAACUCAUCUCCCAGAUGACAGCAGCCAAGGCCAUCCAGGAGGCCUGGCGACGCUUCAGCACGCGCCGGCUGAUGCACUCCAACAGGCUGACUGUUAAGAAAGCGAAGAGGGAGGAUGAAGAGGACAUCCCUUACCACCAGCCACAGCAGGUGCGCUUUCAUGCCCCAGAGGACCAGCCACCAGUCAUGGUGACUAAAGAGACUCAGUUCCCGUCCUUUGACAAUCUGGUCCCCUCACAAGCCACAGCAGGUCCCUGUGCCAGCAGAGUCCCCGGAGGUGGUCUCCAUCCACAGUAUGUGAUCAACAGACUCACAGUUCCCAAGUAUCAACCCUGCAUGUUGACCAAGACUUUUCGGAGCUCUUGUCUCAUGAGACACUUGGAGGGGGACAGUCUGAAGAUCAGGCAUGUGGCUUCCAAGACUAUCAAAGUGGGGGCCCUAGAGGCAGCAGCAACAGGGAGAUAUGGCCAGGCCAUGCAUGGAUCCCUGAAGACCCAGACCCAGGCUCACACAGAAUCAGAUGUCCCCAAGGCCCCAUUGCGUAUAUAUCCAGUCAACAAGACCCACACCAAGGUGUGUCCAAUGGCUGCUGCCGUCCCUGAAUCCUCAGCCACAAUGUCCACAGCACCAAGGAGUGCACCCCAGGCACGCCCCACAUCCCCAGCAACUGUCAUGAAGAUGCAAGCAACAACCAGCCCGACCUCCCCAGUGAUCAGGCUCCCAGCUCCUGUGGGACCCAAUUCUUCACUCUCUAACACCACACCACAGAUGCAGGUGCGUUACAUGAUGCCUGGGGCCAGAAUACAGCCCCCAGGUUCUGCUGUGGCCUCUACAAUCAAGGCCUUACCACACUUUGGAGCGCCUGUCAUGAAGGUCCCACUGCAAACUGGCCCUGGGUUCACAAUGACAAAGACCUCACUCCAGAUGAGACCAAUGACCAGAAGCCAAGCUCAGACAUACACGGUGUCCACUUCAUCCAAAACCUCCCCGUCAAGCCCCACGGUCAAGCCUUCACCCCAGACACGCCUGGCAGCUAUGCUAACCAAGACCCCGGCUCAGUUACGCUCCGUAGCUGCUGUGUUCAGGACCCUGUGUGGUGGUACAACUGAGGCAGUAGCCUCAAGUCCCAGGUGUUCACCCCAAAGUCCAGUGGUUGCUGGCAACACUCCAUCCCAGGUCCACUUGAAUAGCACAAGGACCAAGGUCACCGUGAGCACCAAGCAGGCCACCACAGUUGUCAAGGUGAACUCUCAGUCAUACUUGGGCAGGUGCGGGUCCCAGGGGAAUCUAGACACCAUAGUUCCUAAGCCUCCAGCCACGUAUCCACUGGAAGUAGAAAAGAUGAAGUCAUGUCCCGCAAGGUCCCCCAAGAAGGAAGCAGCUCUCAAAACUAACACAACCAUUGCAGCCAGAGCUCUGUCUUGGACAAAAAUGAUGGAAGAUCGGAGCAAGGCCCUGACUCAGAUCAAGCAGAGGGCGGAGAUCAUAAAGGUUCACUUCAGAGUGUACAUGCCUGAAGAGAUUCCUGUGACCCUGACCCAGGCCCAGCUGGCUGUCCCCCUGACCAAGAGCUCCUCCCAAAUCCAGCCGCCCCCCUGCCAUGCCCGAACUCAGCCGACCUCACCCUUCUGUAAAGCUGUGUCCCAGUCUUGCAUGCCCUCCGGGCUGGCCCACGGCACACCUGAAGGACAGCGUCCACCUGUAGGUCUCUCUGCCUCCCUGUCCUCCUCACCACUGGCCGCACACCUGAUGUCACUCACAGCCCAGCUCCAACCUGCUUGUGAACAGGCCAGAUCUGUGUCUCGAGAUCAUCUGACCAGGUCAUGUCCAGCCUCAGCCUCUCUGCAGGCAAGGUCCUCAGGGACCAUAGUUCCUCCUGAAGUGUACCCAAACACAUAUUCACCUACCUCUGCUCCCCAGCACCACAUGGCCUCUCUCCUGGCAAAAAGCUCAUCUCAGCUGCAUCCACCUGCUGAGCAUGCCAAGACCAUGAACACUAAAACCACCAAGGCAGCGUGCCAGGUCUGUCCAUCCACUAAGCUCAGCAAGGCCCCAUCCCUGGCCCAGCUCAUCACAUGUCUGGCUAAGGUUCCCUCCCAGGCCCAGCUGGCCACUGAAACAGCCAAGUGCCUCUUGGCUGCCCACCCUACCACUGACCACAGAAGCAAGACCCAGUCACAGACAUUCCUGAGCUCUUCCAAGGCAUCUGUCCAGUUGUGGCAACAUUUGGGGACACUUAGCACUGGAUCCCGUGCCAAGCCAGAUGACAGGAGUGUGGCCCAGCCCCAGCUCCAUAGCCAUGCACCAAACAAGACCAUGCAGAACCCACGUUCAGUAGUCACAGAUAGCCAAGGCAUGCUGAUACCUCUGAUGACUCCCAGUGGACACCCAGUGUGCAAUGCAGAAUCCUGGGGUGACAGUGGACGGGCACAGACUCCACCUCCAUCCCCUGUGCCCAACCAGGCAGUGCCCUGCCACGAUGACCUGGCAGCAUCUGUUGCAUCCCUAUGUGCAGAUCUGGUGGCCAUGCUGGGCUCCCCUGAAGACCUGCGGACACUCCUGGUCAAGACACUUUCUCAGGGGGAAGUAAGGACGGCGUUGAGUCAGGCCCUAUCCCGGGAGGUCCUGGGGCCAUCUGUGGUCAAGGCCCUGCCCCAAGGCAUGCUGGGAAUGGCACUGAUGAAGGCUCUGUCGUGGGGUGAACUGGGUAUCUCCCUGUCCCGGGCCCUGUCCCGAGGUGAGCUGCGUCCAGAACUCAACAAGGCCACACAGGGCAAGCUGGCUGAGGUCCUGUGUAAGGCCUUGACAGAAGAGGAGAGGGCCACACUCAGCCAGGCGCUGUGCCAGGGUGAACUGGGUGCUGUCUUCACUCAGUCCUUGGCCCAGAUGGCCCAGAGGACAGGCACCUUCCUCCCUAAGGCCACCUCAAAAACAGUGGGGAGCCGGAUGACCACAGCGCCUGCCCCAGUGGAGGUGACUUGCAGCGGGAGUCUGUCGGUGGCGUGGGGACCUGCGAUGGGUCCUGUAGGAGCACGGUGUAGCAAGGUCAGGCCACCAUGGGAGGGCUUGCCCUGGGAACAACCUGAUGGGAUCCUGGGGGAGAAAAGGGUCACAUUGGAAGGGUCACCCUGCUCGCCACAGUCCACCAUAGGCUCUUUUACUGGAGGGAAGGUCACUGGAACUUACUGCUGUCCUCUACUCAAAAUACCCACGCUGUCCGGGGAGGUAGGUUUGGUCCUUUAUUCUGGUCUCUAUCUGAGGUCGUUUGAUCUUGACUCCAUGGCAUGUGGUGAGGGUCCCCAUGUCCCCAAGCGACUGUCCCAGCCACCACCUCCUAGUCCAUGGCAGCCACUUGUUGCCAACGGUGUAGGCCCAAGCAGUAACCAGCCGCCAGUGAUCAGUAAUAGCACAGCCCCAAGCUCCUGCCAGCCAUCUGUGGCCAGCAGGGUACCCUACCCAGGGUCGUCAUACCAAGAGGGCAACGUGGUGGCCAGCAAGCGCUCGGGUCGCGUGGGUGACGGGAAGUCCCCUAUGUCCCCGUGGCCCUCUACCACUUGUCAUGGCAAUGUGUGUCAGUGUCCAACCCCAGGGAUGCACAAAAAGUCUCCCUGUGGCUACUGCUCUUCUCUAGUCCGGAGUCGCAGCACAUUGCCCAAGGAGACUUGUAGGCAGGUUCUGCCGUCAGGUCACAGACGAGUAACGGCACCACUGGGCAGUAAGGACAUGGUUACCAUCGUCAGGAAGGUAGCCGAAGAACAGUGUAGUGCUCAGCCAUCACCAGUGUUCCUAAAUCCUAAGUCACAGAAAGUCACCAGCAGGUCUACCCUCAAACAGGAGAAGCACCCCCAAGUGUCCUCAGCCCCACCCCAUUCCCUGAGCCAGGCCACUGACCAUCACAGGUCCCUUCUGGAUGAGUUACUGGCCAAGAUCCCACAGCACCCACAGAUUGUGUUAGCCAAGAGCUAUCCCAGGGUCCGCUGCCAGGACAGCUGUACCUCUCAGAACUCCUUGCAGAACAGCCCCUUCGCUAGCGCCUCCAUUCCAUCUAGCUUGCCACCUUCAGAGGGUCUGGAAUGUAGCAGGGAGGGUGACAUGCAGGAAUUCCAGCCAAAAUUGAAGGAGAUCAGAGAGGCAAGGUACAGGCUCCAGGGGCAUCUGGAGAGAACAUGCCCAACUGGUCUUCAGCGCACGCUCCCCAAGUUCCAACAGCCCACUCUGGGACUUGGGCCCCUCCUCUCUAGCAGCACCAGCCUAGCCUCAAAUCUCCACUGGGACUCAGAUAGUGGGUCUGACUAUAGUACUGGGGACCUGACUGAGGGACUGUCCCAGGACUCAACCUGGCAUAGGAGGAGUCAGGUUCAGGCCAGGGACCAGAAACCAAAUGGGGUCACUUUCCUGGAUCCUGUCCAACCCAAAGACAAACUGGCUCAUGGGGGAGCCCCAAGCCCUGGCCAGGCACGCAAGACCAGUGAGGGAUCUCAAUUCCUAAGCCAACCAUUAGAGGCCAGGGGGCUGUAUCCAAGCUCAUCUCAGUCUGCAGGGUCCAGUGCUGUGGCCCCAAGCCUGGCUCAGCCAUCCACGGGCACUGGGGUAGCCCCAAGCCUGGCCCAUCCAUCUGCGGCCACUAGGGUGUCCCCAACCUUAGCCCAGCCAUCCAUGGACACUGGGGUGUUCCCGGGCCUGACAGAACCACUGAUAUAUUAUGGGUCACCUACAAAUUUUAGUCAACCAUUUAUGUACACUGGAGGGUCCCCAGUCUAUACCCAGAAACUUAUGGCUUCUAGUGUACCCUCAAACUUUACACAGACAUCUGCUGCUGGUGUGGUGACCUUAAACAACCAGUCAGUGAGCAUUGGGGCAACUUCAAGCCAGGCUCAGCCAUCUGCCACUACCCACAGAGCCCCGAGGCCCACUCAGUCACCUCUGAGUAGCUGUCCACCGCCUGGCUCCUCCUCCCUGCCCACACAGGGUGCAGGGCAUCCAGACUCAGUCCAGACAUCUGUAGCCACUGGGGUGUAUCCUAGCUUUUUCCAGCCAUUCCCACCCUAUAGCAUGCCUUCACAUUUCGCUCAACCUUAUAUGGCUACGGUUGUAACCCCAAACUAUGUGCAGCCAUGUAUGUCCCACAGCAUGUCUCCAAGUCUAGCCCAGGCUUUUAUGGUCAGUGUUAGGUCCCCAACCCUGGCCCAUGCAUCUGUGGCCAACAGGGCAUCUCCAAACCACAAUCAGCCAACCACAGCCAGCACUGUGGUCCCUGGAGUACUCAAGGUGCCUCUGUCCAACAGGGUGCCCCCCAGUCUGAACUCCCCAUUUCUGGCUCCCAGAGUUUACCCUGAUCUCUCCAAUGUCCCCACGGCUACCUUGGGAGCCCUGAGCCUGUUGCCGCCCACUGUGGUAUGUGGUGUGGGUCGCGGGGUCAGCAAGCCGGCUUUCGGCCCACAGCAGCACACACAGCAGGACAGCAGGGCAACUCAAAGCCAGCCCCCCAUGUCCAACCGAGGUGGGGCGCAGCCAUGUGCGAAGAGUACAGCAGGCCAGCCAUCGCUGGGAGUCUGCAGCAGCCCAGGUGGAAACCUGAUAGGUGCUAGGAGCCGGUCCGCCCCUCAGAAUCCCACUGUUCACUCUGAGCCUACCCAGGCCAGCAAGGGGUCCCCAAGUCCUGUGGCUCAGCCCAUGCAUGGCCUUGGCCAGCCUUCUGUGGCUCCUGCUGUAGGGGCCAGUGUUCCAUGCCAAGCUUUGUUCGGGGGCGUAGCCCCAGGGAUGCCCCAGGGGCCUCUGACUACUGGAUUAUUCCUAAGUGUGUGUCAGGGGGGCAACCCACCCCCCAUGGCUGCCUGGGCCUCGCCAUCAGAUGUCCACUGGACUCAAAAUCAGGCUGCCAUGGCCACAGGUGUGGGCCAGAGCUCAUGCCCAGCCGUGAUGCCCAGGAUGCAGGUCCCAGCUGAGCUCUUCCCAAACCAGCUGGGCACCAGCAUCCCUCAGCCCUGCGCCACUCUCCCUAUUACAUUAGACCCCCAGCUCUUCUCUAUGGCCACCAUGGUCCAACCCAGUUAUCAAUAUGUAGGUAUGAUUAUUGCAGAUCCAGCAGGUGCUGUGGGCGGGGCUUUGCCCCAGGGUUCUGUAGAUGGAGAGGCGUCUUCAGCACCAGCUGCCAAGCCUGUGCUUGAAAGCAAGACUCCCAACCUUCCUCAAGUGUCUAUGAUCAGGGAUGUAGGCAAGAGUGUCCCCCCUGAGUCCACAGCAGAUGGAUUGGCCCAGUACGUUCCCCCAGAGUCCAUGGUGGAAGGUGUGGUACAGAAUGUUCCCCCAGAGUCUACAAUAGGUGUCAGGACCCAGAACCUAUUGACAGAAUCAGUGAUUAGUGGUGAGGAUCAGAGCCCUCCCAGAGAUGCUGGGGCCAGUGAUGUGGCCCUCAACCUCCCUCCAUGCCCUGUGGCUAGCAGCAAGGCCCCUAGUCACCCUCAAGAGACUGAUGGUAGUAGGAAGAAGCUGAGCCCAGCCAUAGAACCCUCACCAAGCUCCCAGAGUCCAAGAACCUGCCCGAGUUUUGUGGCCAGCAGGACAAGUAGCACGGCCCCACUGGGGUCCAUGCUGGUAGGGAUCUGUCCACGUCCCUUUCAGGCGACACAGUGUAGGGAAGUCUCCCAGGUCUCCUUCUUGGCACCGUCUGUCAACAGCCUGGCCAAUGCUCACUCUCCAGCAUUACAGAAACUGGCUGAAGACCUACACCACUCGCCCACAGUCUUGUCAAGUGCCUCACAGAUUAGCCAAGACCCUGGGCUGACAAAGCAUGUAGGUGUCAAUGACCUGACCCUGCCAAAACCAGGACAAAUGGCUGACACAGUGUCCUCAAUAGUGGCACCUAGCAGAGACUCUGUCAAACCACAGGGCACUGAGACUGAGUCAGAACUGAGGGCAGGCCUUGGUGCCACAGGAAGAGAGAGUCAUGGGCAGAAGCCCCUGGCAGCUGAAAAUGCUCUCAAAGACCAAAUAUUCUCAAAGGCUCUGUUGAACAAGGAAGCUCCCAGACAAGUCAACAGUGUGCCCCCUGUCCCUAAACAGGCCCCAAGUUUAGGUAAGCACCCCAUAGCCAGUAGCAUCACUGUUCAGCCCUUAGCCUCAGAAAGCAACAGUGAUCCCCAGAGCCUCCUCCCUGCUCCCAGGGUCCCGAGCUUGCAGAAGGCCGCUGUGGACAAUUCGAGCCAACUUCUGGCUUCCAGCGUCUCAGUGGCACCACUGAGUACAGGCAAAGCUGGGACAGCUGAGUUGUCUCUAGGGUCAGAGGAGGUCAAGCCUGGAAACCCCAGAGCUGUCGAGAGCUCAGGGGGGACAGACUCAGCACCCCCAUCUAAAAAUGGGGUGUCUAGUGCCUCCCAGUUUGGAGGACCUCAAGGUCACACCAAGAGUGACCACCAAGAGUCCCUCACUGCUAAAAAGUCCUACCAACCCAGUCAAGUCAGCUUUGUCUCAGAACUUCUAGAAGGUCCCAUGAACAGAUUGCCCCCCUUUAGUCAUCCACUCAAGCUGGUACCUCGGGUCUCAUUGGACAGUCACAAGGAACCCUCAGGGACAUCCACAGUGGGCAUCACACCCAUUAACCAUGUCGGGGAUGCGAGGAGACAGAAGGCAACCUCAGGAGUUCAGAGGAUGUCUCUGGUCCAUGAGCCAUCAUCAAGUGGCUCCCAGAGAUCCCUUCUUGAUGAGGCUGCCCAGGACAGCAGAGAGGCUGGUCUGCCAAAAACAAUGCUGGGCCUCACCACACACCCUGACCAGAGGCCCACUCUUGUCACAUGCCCCAGAGUUAGCUAUGAUAGGAGUUCCCUGGUCCCAACCAUGCCCCACAACCAAAAUGUUGAGUACAUCAACCGCCCUGUCACUGGCUAUGAUGGGGUCUCACGAAUCUCCACUGCACCUCACAGCCAAGAACACCCUCAGGUCACAGUCCCUAAAACUAGUUUUAGUGAGGGCUCUGGAAGAGUCCCCACCAUGCUCUAUGGCCAUAGACUUCAACACAUCAAGGUGGGUGAGACAAGCCUCGGUGGGAGUUCCCAGGGCCCCAGAACCACACCCCACAGCCACAGACCCCAUCUUGUUACACACCCCAAAACUGGCCAUAAUACGAUAUCCCUACCCCCCACUGUAUCCCAGGGCCCUGUGGAUGCCGGCCUGGCUUCUGGCCAGUCAUGGAAUUCCAAAGUCCCCAACGUAUCGGUCAGAGCCACAGCACAUGCUGGGGCACCCCAAGGCGUAUGGUAUCCCAGCAGGGGCCACAAGCCAUGGGACCCCAUUGGUGCAGAGGCCGAGCUGGACCGCAAGCCUUCAGCUGAGCUGCUGAUGUCAGUACAGGGCAUGGAGAAAGUUGUCGUCCAGGCCGUUGUCACCAUCCAAGCGUGCGCUCGUGGCUACCUAGUGCGCCGCACUGUGAAAGUGUGGCACCAAUGGGCCACCAUCAUCCAAGCUACGUGGCGUGGUUACCGUGUACGACGGAAUCUGGAAAGGCUGUUCAGGGCCACCACCAUCAUCCAGGCUGCCUGGCGCGGCUAUUGCAUUCGCCGGGCCCGGGCCCGCCAGGUACUGCUCCCUAUUGCAUGGCCAGAGCACAGUGGUCGAACCAAGGGAACCUUGGACAACAGAAAUAGCUCCGAGCACCGCUGCUUCCUAUCCUGUCAACCAGAUGUCUGCAGCGUCUGUCAAUCCCUGGGUCCCCCGGUAGAGAGUCCGCCCAGCGUUGUGAUGCUUGUGGGAUCCCAGCCACGCACUUGCCACGUGUGUGGCCACACACUCUCCACGCGAGUGGUGCAGGGCUUUGGCCAGGGCAUCUCAGGUCAGCCUGUCUCUCGAUGGGCCUCAGCAUCCCAGCAGAACACCCUUCUUAGCCAGCAGCACAGAGCAUGCACCAUCAUCCAGGCCGCCUGGAAGGGCUACAGGACCCGCCGGCAGCUCAGCCAGAAGCAGUCUGCAGCCAAGAUGGUUCAGGCCGUGUGGAGGGGCCAUUACACUCGAAGCUGCCUCACCACGGAUGCACUCUUGGGAACAGGAGGCCCGUGGAGCAUCUCCAGGGACACUUCACGCCAUAGCUCAAGGGCUUACUCUUUGCACUGGCCUGGCGUCUAGACCCCUCCCUGGCUGUGGGCAAGAGACACCAUCAUGGCCAUGUGGCCUCAUGAGUCUUGUGAAUAAAGCAUGCUACAGCCUGA